CGGAAAUAACGGAGACCUUCUAGUUUUAUCCUGCUAGGAAGAAAAUGUAAACAUGGCUGACAAGAAUCAACCUCAGGUCAAAAUUGGCCACUACAUAAUUGGAGAUACAUUGGGUGUAGGGACGUUUGGAAAAGUUAAAAUUGCCACUCACCACUUGACUAACCACAAGGUUGCUGUGAAAAUUUUAAACCGGCAGAAGAUCAAGAGUCUGGAUGUUGUGGGCAAAAUCAGGAAGGAGAUACAGAAUCUCAAACUCUUCAGACACCCUCACAUCAUCAAACUGUACCAAGUUAUCAGUACACCGACAGAUAUCUUCAUGGUGAUGGAAUAUGUCUCAGGAGGGGAACUCUUUGAUUAUAUUGUCAAAAAUGGAAAGCUGAAGGAACACGAGGCCCGGAGGUUUUUUCAGCAGAUUGUGUCUGGCGUGGACUACUGCCACAGGCACAUGGUUGUCCACCGUGACUUAAAGCCAGAAAAUCUAUUACUAGACCACAACCUCGAUGUCAAACUGGCUGACUUUGGUUUGUCAAACAUGAUGCAUGACGGAGAAUUUCUGAGGACGAGUUGUGGGUCACCGAACUACGCCGCCCCUGAGGUCAUCUCGGGAAAGCUGUAUGCUGGUCCUGAGGUGGACGUUUGGAGUUGUGGAGUUAUUCUUUAUGCCCUUCUCUGUGGAACGCUGCCAUUUGAUGACGAACAUGUUCCAACACUGUUCAGAAAAAUUAAAUCUGGUAUCUUCAACAUCCCGGAGUACCUGAACAAGGAGGUGGUCUCCAUGCUGUGUCACAUGCUCCAGGUCGACCCCCUCAAACGGGCCACCAUGAAGGACAUUAGAGAUCAUGACUGGUUUAAGAAGGAUCUGCCUGCGUAUCUUUUCCCGCCUCAGAACGACAAUGAUGCCUCCAUCAUCGACUUGGAUGUUAUCAGGGAUGUCUGCGAUAAAUUUGGUGUGUCUGAGUAUGAGGUUGAGGCAGCCAUUUUGAAUGGGGAUCCGAUGGACCAGCUGGUGAUCGCCUACAACCUGAUCAUGGACAACAAGCGCAUCAUUGAUAACACCAGCUCGUCCGUGAGUUUCCAGGAUUUCUACCUGGCCUCCAGUCCGCCCAGUGACUCCUUCCUUCUGGCAGGUGGUAAUCAACUUAAGUCCGGCCGCCACUCUCACCUCCUUGGUUCGCCCCAGGCAUCGGAAGCCAUGCCAACUUCAACCAGUGGAUUGAAGCCUCACCCUGAACGGAUGCCAGAGAUGAAGGAUGUUACCCAGACCCUAGACCCGCUACUGACGACCGUCAACAAGGCACAGACCCCUGCGAAAAAGGCAAAGUGGCAUCUUGGUAUCCGAUCACAAAGCAAGCCCCACGACAUCAUGCAUGAGGUGUUCCGGGCAAUGAAGGCCCUUGGAUUUGAUUGGAAGGUGAUCAACAACUACCAUGUGAGAGUAAGGAAGCUUAACCCUGUCACCAACAAAUAUACUAAGAUGAGCCUGCAGUUGUACCAGGUAGACCAGAAGAGUUUCCUGCUUGACUUUAAGUCUCUUUUGGAGGGGAGUGAGGAUGGCCUCAACCGCGCCUCCAGCAUGGCCUCACAGGGCAGCUCAGAUAAUGUCAUCUUUGGAAAUGCCAGUUUUUCAGUUUUUGAACGAGGUAGGUUUGCCAACUGCAGCCCUAUAGAUGCCCACACUGGACAAAACAUCCUCCUCAUGCCAGAGGAGAAGAUGGAAGUGGAUGAGCCGGCACGGUGCCAUCACACCCUCGAGUUCUUUGAGAUGUGUGCCCAGCUGAUCACCACACUGGCCCGGUAGGUUCUGAGCCCAGGGGGACCAGGAGAGGUGGUGGUGAUAGGACUCUCUACAGCUAGCUUUACAGUCUGCGUUAGGAUCGAUGGAUGUGUCUGUGUGCACAGGAUUAUUGUUCAGACAUGUCUGUGCAAAAAAAAACAUAUUAAAUCCAGAUGACGAAACAUUUCUUAACUUUCUUCUUCCAACUUAGAUCAUCUGAUGUAAAUUUUAACAUUGUACAUAUUCUUUAACCUGCAAUCAUGUUGUCUGAGUGUUUGAUAAAAUGCAGUGAACAUCAUGAUGAAUUAACAUCAACAGUCUUUAAAUCAGUCAAGAGUUAUACUGAUCGGUUUAUAUAUUUUGGGAAGGUCAUUUUAGCUGUUGAUGCUUCAGUAGAUUUAUAGCACCUGACUUUUUUUGAAUUAAAAAUGUGCAAUACAAGUCAUAAACAAACCAAGGUGUGCAUGCCGUUUUUGUAUGAUGAUAUGAUAACUAGUUUCUCUGUGUUGAGUGUUUUCCUUUCUUUUGCUUGUGAUCUCUAUGUAAUAGUUUUGAUGCUAUAAAUUGACAAUAAUACAUGAAAUGUCACCUCACCCUUGGCAUCAAAUGCUUAUUGUAUUUAUAGCUAAGUAUGUUAUAUUUAAAGGGGUGUUCUUCUAAGGAUUGACCUUUAAUCCAUGAAGCUUUUAUGGAAAAUGUAACCAAGCAAACAAUAUUGAAUACUCCAGUUUCCAGACAUAAUUCUUAAAUAAAUUAGGUCUGUAGAAUUCUUCCUCUGUUCUAGAUGUUUACAAUCUCCUGGCUGUUGAGAAAUAUUCUUUACGUUAUAGAUAUUUUUGCUUUGUAAAUAGCGUAAUUUGAUUUUUAGAGAUAUACAGAUUUUGUUGAAUAUGUUAUUGACAGCUGUUAAAUAUGUGUAUUAUAGAAACAAAAUAAAGAAUUGUAUAUAUAUUA